AUGAGUAAAUUUGGCGCCGAAUCCGAGUCGGAAGAGAUAGCACUAGAACAGAGGGAGCAGUCUGUUGUGAGUGAGGAUACAGACCGUUCGCAUGCAAUUCUAAUGCAUAAAUCAGACAAGAGCGGAGAGAGCAUUGGUGGAAAAGCGCGGCUUCAAAUGCUUGCGCAAAGGGUCAUCCACAUUAACAGAUUGACCGUGUCUUCCGAGAAAUUCUGGGAACCGGGAGCCGAAGCUGGUGUUGAUGUCAAUAGUAUGGACUUUAAUGACAUUGAUGCACCAUGUAAGAUAUUCUGCGCGGAUUUUAACAAAAGCAAGUAUACCAUAGAUGAAAAUCUAAAGAACCAUACUCUCAAGUCAUUCCUAAAAAAAAAGCGGCCCGAUUGGAGUAAAGUGAGAUGGAUUAACGUUGACGGCGUUUCCUGGGAUGUAAUAAAGGCACUCGCAAUUGAAUACAAUCUACAUCCGCUGUCAAUAGAGGAUUGUCUCCACGAACCGCAACGCAUCAAGUGCGAUCAUUACUCAAACCACAUGUACAUUUCGCUUAUUCUCCACACGCUCAUUAGUCAAGAUGGAGAAAAUGUCUCGGAAGAUCUGGUCAGUGCGCCGGGUCAUGAUUCGAAAAGUACUUCCCCGACAAAUUCUCGUAAGAAUUUAUUAGAACACGGUCAUCGCGAAGGUAGUAAAUACUUGGAGGCGCACAAGCUGCUGAGGAAAGAGAAAUUGAACGUUAUUGUUGAGCAUGUUAGCAUUUUUAUGAUUUCCGGAGGCACUCUUAUUACUGUGUUCCAGCACGGUGGGAAUAGUGUCUAUUCCCCAAUUUGUAAUAGACUAAAACGCACAGGGACCCUUCUGCGAACAUCAGAAGAUGUCAGUUUGCUUAUGGAAGCUGUCAUAGACGCGAUUGUAGAUCUUGCUCUGCCGAUUACUGACUCUUACCGGCACCAAAUUGCCGAUUUGGAAGGCAAAAUCUUGAUUCGACCGAAAAUGCAAUAUACUCGAGAACUUCAUAUUAUUACUGGUGAGCUGACCCUGCUCAGAAGGACUUUGGGGCCAAUACAGGGUCUAGUUAAUAAUAUGAACCAGCAUCAUGAUGAAAACCAUUUCAUUAGCGAGAUGGCGAAAACAUAUUUCACGGAUGUGCUGGAUCACUGUAAUACUAUCGUGGAUGAUUUAGAUACGAUGACUACUAUAUCUGAGAACUUGAUUAACAUGACUUUCAAUGCUAUUUCAUAUGAGACGAAUGAGUAUAUGCAAGCUGUUGCCCUAAUGACUGUUAUUUUCUCACCGAUGACUUUCGUGGCAGGAUUCUUUGGUAUGAACUUUACAAACUUCCCUGAACUCGAUAACGGACUUCCCUACUUUUGGAAAUGGACAGCCAGUUUUACUUUGGCAAUAUUUAUUCUGUUUAACUAUAAACCUUUGGUUCGGUUAUCUAUGAGGUUUG